AUGCCUCCAUGGCACUCGACGAACGUCGAGGGCUGGCUUGCUGGAUCAUUCUCUUUACCGUGGCCACUUUUCGACACGUCCGGUAGUGCUUCUGCGGUCCCAGAUGCAUCUCAGCAACAUCAAGACGUAGCCAAGUCAAAAACAAACUUGACUGAACUAGAACAACCUACACCGCUCGUGAGUUCUGCCAACCGCUUGAUGCCGAGAAGUGGAGGACCAAACAGCUCGACACCCGCAGGGGAAGCCCCAAGCCCAGCCUUGUCGACUGGUUGGGACGAGUUCCUCGUAACGGAUGGUUCAUCUCCGGGGUCUUCCACGUCCACUUCAUCUCCCCUAGGCGAGCCAACAGUAGACUGCCAGCUAUCGAUACCUCUAGAAGAGGUCCUGAUCCAACACUUCGACAGAAACGUCCUCCCAUCCAUACCAGUUGCUCUGUCCUUCCCGAACCUCUUCCGCCAGAGCAGCUGUUUCCGGUCCGCCGUACUGGCCUUGUCCGCUAGUAAUAUCAAACUGACACAACCUCUUCCCAUCGAUCCGCUCGUGCUCCGCCGGGUAUGCGACGAUAGCAGCGUCUGGAUUUACUACGACACGGCCGUCAAAGGACUCCAAGCCCAACUUCAGAACGCUGAAAAUUACCGUGGCGAGGAGCUCGCGGGCGCUGCUUUACUGCUUGCAUAUCACGAGUUAGAAGCCGGCACAGCUCUUGGGAUCAGGAAUCACGCCACCGGCCUCGACGCCAUAGCCUCCAAGCUUGACUUUGCAGCGUCGUCUAUUCCCGACCUCUUCAAAGCCUGGCGUAUGCUUCGCUACGAUGUUCGAUUUAUGAUGUUGCCGACGCGAGCGACCUGCAAUGUUGUAGACAAUUACGAUGUCUCGAGUUUACUAGACCCGCAAUUAGCAAUUCGGGAUAUUCUGUUCAGGUUACAUGGUCUCCAUGCGCGCUAUGCGAUGGAGGCUACAUUCAGCCAAGAUUCCACAGCAGACGGCCACAGCGCUUCAGAGAAAGUCGCACUGUGGCUUAUGUCCGUCCUUGGCCGGGAAUCUGAUCGCCGUAAUGUACGCCUAAAGGACUUUCAUAAGGAGAACCUCACGCCAGACAUGAUUUUACGGCAGUGCGAUGUGUUUUCUCACAGACUGGAUAACUGGCACAAGGCGCUCUGCGAUCACGACAUGCCGGUCGUCAAGCUUGGUACGGAUUCGGAUCUAAUCAGUGGUGCUACGUUUGAGACCUUUGUCACCUACCGUUUUGGUGACACGAGAAAGGCUCUCGAGUACGUGAUCUAUCUCGUGUGCAGGAUGACGUGCAGCUACCUGCGGUCUCUAUUCGAUCCAUCUGUGCAAUCGUCGGGCACGGAUGCCCUUGCCAAGGUCAUUCUUGGCAUCGUCUGUGGGAUGAACAUGCAACAGCGGCAGCAGUUCACCGUUCUUCGGGUGGAUGUCCUGCUGAGAAUGACGGCGGGCCUGUCUGAAGGCACGAACUUCAUCACUACCGUUCUCGACUAUCUGCUUCCAAGACUGAUUUCUUCAGGUCUCACGGGUCCUGACAUCGUCGCGUGGAUUUACCUGAAGUCGGCGUUGGAGCUUGAGCUGAGAGAGAGGAGAAAGGGCCGCGCAAUCAGAAUGACCAUCGACGGAGUCGAGGAGGACUGCGAGAUGUGGCAAUUGGUCAACAGGCAUCCCGUCGCUGCUUUUGGGGAUUAUAAUGGGAAGGGCUACUUCAGGGAUUGCUAUGUCAUUGAAUGUCUAGGCUGA